AUGUUAAAUCGACCAAUAACAAGUAAAGAUGUGGCAUCAUUACCACAACCUGGUUUUAACCUGGCUGAGUCGAUUCGAUUUAGUCCGGAUGAUAAAUUUAUAACUUAUCUUCGUUCACCUAACCAAACAUUAUCCAGACAACUUUAUGCAUACAAUAUUGAAAAUGAACAGGAAUAUGUUUAUGCUGAACCUGAAAAUGGUGAAGGAAAAACCGAAGAAAAUCUGUCCAUGGAAGAAAAACUUCGACGUGAACGACAACGGCAAUUGAUCACUGGGAUAACGCGUUAUCAAUGGUCUUCAAAUAAGUCACAUUCACUAAUGCUCAUUCCCAUUGGUUGUGAUCUUUACAUUCAUAACGGAAAAGAACUUCGUCUGCUAGUUAAUGGUUCCGAUCAACCACCGAUAAUCGAUCCAAAACUUUCACCAGAUGGCUCAUUUGUUGCUUAUGUGCAAGAUUGUGAACUUUACUAUAUAUCCACCAGUGACGCGACAGCUCAACCUCGUCAAAUAACAUUCGAUGCUCGUGGUCAUCCGAAUAAAACGAAUGGUCUGGCCGAAUUUAUCGCUCAAGAAGAAAUGAAUCGUAGCGAUGGGUUUUGGUGGUCUGAUAAUUCCGAUUUCAUUGCUUUUACUCAAGUUGACGAAUCAAAUGUUCCUGUCUUUCGUAUUACCCAUUCCGGUUCAGAUGAUCCAGACCAAAUUGAAGAACAUCGAUACCCGUUUGCUGGCAAGGCAAAUGUUCAAGUUACUGUUGGCGUUAUUGAUCUGCGAGAUAAAACUAAGCAAGAACCUGAUAUUCAUUGGAUUGAUCUCAGCUCGUUUCACGAUUACUAUAUCGCACGUGUAAAUUUCUUUCCUGACAAUACUCUCGCUUUGCAAAUCGAAAAUCGUGAGCAAACAAAACUUCAAUUAUUUCAAUGUGACUUCUUAGCUAAGAAACCUUCACGAUUGUUAAUCGAAGAAACGAGUGGAUCAUGGAUUAAUCUGCAUGACUUUUUUCAUACGUUGAAGAAAACACCGACACAAUUCAUAUGGGCUAGUGAACGAUCGGGAUUCAUGCAUUUAGAAUUGUACGAUCUAACUACUGGACAAUUGAAAAAGUCGUUAACAAACGGCGAAUGGGUCGUUCAACGUCUUGUCGAUAUCGAUGAAGACAACUCGAUUAUUUACUUUCUGGCUAAUCGUGAAACACCUAUAGAAGUUCAUCUUUACAGUGUCAAUUACAAUGAUGAUGUGCCCACAGUUGAUCGGAUAACACAAGAGGUCGGCUGUCACGCUGUUCAUUGUUUUAAUCGUACUUUUGAAUAUUGUAUCAGCCAAUGGAACUCGAUUGAUCAAUGUCCAACGAUUCGCAUGCUCGAUGUGAAAAAGAAACAAGUCAUAAAAUAUUUUAGUCAUCUGCAUCAAGGCCAACAGCAAACCAUUGAACAGUUUCGCUUUGUUAAACCACAAUUAAUUAAAAUAACGAAUCGAAAUAAUGAUACAAUCUAUUGCGCUGUUUAUAAGCCGAAUGACGAACAAGAUAGACAUCAAAGACCGUAUGCGACACUUGUGUCUGUUUAUGGGGGACCACAUCUUCAACGUGUCAUCAAUUCGUGGGCACUUUGUGCGGAUAUGCGUUGCCAACGUUUAGUUGAAGCUGGCUAUGUUGUACUGCGACUAGACAAUCGCGGUAGUCCAAAUCGCGGUGUUGCUUUUGAAAGUGCGAUUCGAUACGAUAUGGGACAUUUAGAACUUGAAGAUCAAAUAGACGGCGUUCGUUAUCUUGUACAACAAGGUAUCACGGAUAAAACACGUGUUGGCAUCUACGGUUGGUCAUACGGCGGUUACAUGUCUGCUAUGGCAUUAGUUCGUGCAAAUGAUGUAUUCAAACUAGGUAUUGCUGGUGCGCCAGUAACACAUUGGGAUGGAUAUGAUACUCAUUAUACUGAAAGAUAUAUGGGUACACCUGAAGGAAAUCUACGUGGAUACGAAGUAUCAAGUGUGAUGCAUUAUAUAAACAAUUUAACAGGUCAUUUAAUGAUUAUGCACGGUUUAAUUGAUGAAAAUGUUCAUUUCCGUCAUUCGGCUCGUCUAAUUAAUGCUCUGAUUCGAGCAAAUAAACCAUACGAAUUAGUACUUUUUCCUGAUGAACGACACAUGCCAAGAAAACUUGACGAUCGAAUCUAUUUAGAAGAUCGAAUAUUUGAAUAUAUUAGAAAAUAUUUAUAA